AUGUUGGAUUCUGCGAAAUUUAGCCGACUCUCUGCUGACGAUGAGGAAGCCUACGCUACGAUCUCAAUUAACGUAGCUAAAGUCGGUUUCGCUGGUAUUUUCAUUCCGUCACUUCUCUUGGCAGCUGUGGCAUUGGUGAAUGUGAACGACAAAAUCGAACCGUGGGAAGGGAACAACGACACACUCACCCAGACACUUCUCGAGAAUAUUGAGAUGCUCCGGAAUGGUUCAUAUUAUUACUAUCACAAGGAUGAGCAAACCGGUAUCAUUGAUGCUACGGUCAUUGACUCGUGGUACUCCAAUAUUUUCGAAGGAAAAUAUCGAUACGAUUUUGGAUAUUCCUUCAAUAACUUCUGCUGGCUACCGAUUCGAAUAGCUGUCCUGAUCAGCAUCACGUAUCGUCUUCUACUUCUUCAUGCAGCAAUUCAAUGUAAAACGGUGCUAGGGACGUCUACAACAGCCAUCCAGGCUGCGCCAUACCUACUCCUCAACGAAUUCCUCUUCCUCGUUUCUAUGUUCCUCUACUACUCCAUUCAUACCUCGCAAGACGAACACUUACUCUACAUGAUCCCAAUUCUAUCGGCAUUGAUGUUGAUAACGUUUGUGCUCAAGAUGCUCAGCGGGAAUUUCAUCCAGAUAAAGGAGUGUAACCGGUCCCGAGUGGCACGACUAGCAUUUGGCUUCAUAACAGGCUGUGUUGCUUCGCAUAUUCUUCAGAAUGCCAAUAAUGUCUCCAAAUCGAUGAAUUGUGAUCAGAAAGUCAUUCCUUUGAUUGCCGUCAGUGAAUACAUCUUUCUGAUCAUGGUUUUCGCCAGCUAUGCGCUUGACAUCAGUGACAGCCGGUCAUUGCAUAUGAUAGUGUCCUGCAGCGCUCAAGACGUCGAAGACUACAGUAAAGUGACUAGUGAAUGUGAUGGACAAUCAGCUUAA